CUGUGCCCCCCCCACACACCCACGCAACUGCCCCCUCCUCUCCUCUCCCAACAGGCCCUGCAGGACUGCGUUGAAGAUUUGGUGCAAAAGUUUCGGGACGAUGCCAUCAACCUGGUGGUGGGGAUUGAUGCCAUGGGAUUUAUCCUGGGCGCCGCCAUCGCCGUCACCCUCCGAAAAGGCUUCGUGGCCAUCCGGAAAGCCGGCCAUCUCUGUGUCGAGACUCGCACCCAGACCUACCGGGACUACACAGACCGUGAAAAAGUGAUGGAAACCCGCGCAGACGCCAUCAGCCCAGGUGUCCGGGUCCUGCUGGUGGAUCAGUGGGUAGAGACAGGGGGCACCAUGCAGGGCGCCAUCCAGCUGGUGGAACGCCAAGGCGGUGUGGUGGCAG